AGCCAUGUUUGAAGUUAAUAUGAAAGAACGAGAUGAUGGCAAUGUUACUAUUAGUAAUCUAUCACCCAAGGCAGUGAAAGCUUUUCUUGAUUAUGCUUACACAGGAAAAACAGAGAUAACAAAUGAUAAUGUGGAAAUGCUCUUCCAACUGUCGUCAUUUCUUCAAGUUUCACUCCUUUCCAAAGCUUGCAGUGACUUUCUAAUAAAAAGUAUUGAUCUUGUGAAUUGCUUACAGUUGCUUUCUCUAUCGGAAAGUUAUGGUUCCAUCCGCUUAUUUGAUCAUGCACUAGAUUUCGUACAGCACCACUUUUCCUUGCUGCUCAGAUCAAGUGAUUUUUUGGAGAUGAAUUUUGAGAUACUACAAAAAUGUCUCGAAGCUGACGAACUAAAUGUCCCUGAGGAAGAAUCAGUGUUGAAAGCUGUCCUUCAUUGGACCAAACACAACUUAGAAACACGACAGAAAUAUCUGCCUAAUUUGAUUAAAAAAGUGAGACUACACCAGUUACCUGAAAAGACUUUGCAGGACUUUCUACAUUCUGAAGAACACUUACUUAAGAGUGCUAAUUGCUCAGUAAUAAUCAAUGAUGCAGUUAAAAGUGUGCAAAACUUUAGUGGACUGUUUCCAGAUGCACGUCCUUCAACAACAGAAAAAUAUAUAUUUGUUCAUAAAACUGAUGAAGAUGGAGAAAACAGACAUACAUUCUGCUACAACAUCAAAACAGAUAAAUGGAAAGAACUACCACAUACGCACAUGAUUGAUCUUCCAGGGUCAAGUUUAUCUAGCUAUGGAGAAAAAAUAUUUAUAACUGGAGGAUGCAAAGGGAAUUGUUAUAGGACUGUCAGGCUUCAUAUUGCUGAACCAUUUCAUGAUGCCACUGACCAAACCUGGUGCUACUGUCCAGUCAGCAAUGAAUUCUCCAUAGUGUCAGCUAUGAAAAAACCCAGGACAAUGCACACAUCUGUUGUAACCUUAAAUCAGCUGUUUGUAAUAGGUGGAAAGACCAGAGGAGCUCAAGAAACCCGAAGUCUUCUGGAUGUAGAAUCCUAUAAUCCUCUUUCCAAAGACUGGAAAUCUGUAAGCCAAUUGCCAAGAGGUAUCUACUAUCCAGAAGCAAGUGCAUGUCAGAAUAUAAUUUACGUCCUUGGCUCAGAAGUAGAGAUUACUGAUGCCUUUAAUCCAUCUCUUGACUGUUUCUUUAAGUAUAAUGCUAUGACUGAUCAGUGGUCUGAGCUUGUAGCAGAAUUUGGGCAGUUUUUCCAUGCAACUCUAAUCAAAGCCGUUCCAGUGAACUGUACAUUGUACAUAUGUGAUCUCUCCACCUACAAGGUCUACAGUUUUUGCCCAGAAACCUGCGUUUGGAAAGGGGAAGGAUCUUUUGAAUGCGCUGGCUUUAAUGCAGGGGCAGUUGGGACAGAAGACAAAAUUUAUAUAUUAGGUGGUGAUUAUGCUCCAGAAGAAAUCACAGAUGAAGUUCAAGUCUACCAUAGCAGUAGGUCUGAGUGGGAAGAAGUUUCACCAAUGCCAAGAGCCUUAACUGAGUUUUACUGUCAGGUCAUUCAGUUUAAUAAAUAUAGGGACCCCUGGUCAUCUGUACUGACAAUUUGCUCUGGAGAAUUUUGA